CUAAUUAACACAUUUGCAUUUCUUUAAAAUCUCCCUAAGUUUCAAACGAGUUAUUUUUAAUAUUAAUAUUUUUUUCAAUGGAAUUUUACUAUUUUAUUUUAAUAUCUACUGUCGUUUUCGUAUUGAAACCAACUGAAGCAAUACAAUCCAAAACAUAUAAUAAGAAUUAUAGAAAAUACAUCAAAACAGUUGUGGCUUACAUUCAUACGCAAAUUGGAUCAAAUCAAAUGCUAAACCUAAAACUAAAACAAGAUUUAGUCACUUACGAAUUAGCGAUAAUUGGCGUACCAGAUGUUUUUACACGUAACUAUCGUUACACAAUAGGUGUACUUAACUACAAGUACACUGAAAUACUAAAAAAGUUUCUCGAAUACAUGAAUAUUAUCAUCGAUAAAUGUAAUCAAUUUCAAAAAAUAAAUUUAUCGGAAAAUUUUAUUUGUUGUGUAACAUUACUUGUAGAAGAAAUAAAAAAUUCCUCGGCAAUGUUUGAAAAUCUUCACAAUGCUAUGAAGUUUAUAAGCUACAUAGACAUAAAGUUUUUGUUUUUUGUAGGCCGCGUGAUGCAUCCUAUAAUUGAUGAAAUUUACUUUUUCCAUCAAUUUGUAAAAAUAUUAGAGACCAACAAUAUUGUUGACAUUAAUAUAAUACCAAAUCUUGAUGAUUCUAAAACGAAAUUAGAGAAUAUUACCAAAUUUUAUGAAGACGGAUUACAAAUAGUAAAUAAUCUUUUUAAAUAUAGUAAUGUCACCGACAUUUCUAAAAAUACUGAUUUAGAAAAAAAACAAACUCAGAAAUGCUCCAACGAUUCAACAAUUAAAAUUGUAAACUGUUCUAACGAGUUAAACUUUGAAAUUGUUUAUUCUACAUGUAGUAAACUUAAUUCGUUUUACAAUGAAACCAUAGAACUUUGGUAUAAAAACCUUGGCUUUGAACAUUUUCUUAACCCAAAAACACCUGAUUUCACACCUCCAAAAGAUCCAGAAAUAAAUCAAAAUGAUGGAAUUGAUGCUCUCAAUAUUCUUCGUCUGGAAAACGGUUGGCAAUCAAUGAAAUACAUAAAUAUAGUUUAUUAUGAUAAACGCUUCAACGUAGAUUCAAUAUUAAACGACAAAAUUAAUGACGUAAAUUUUCGAAUAAAAAGAGAUCACGUAAGUCAACUAUUAAGAUGUAAAUAUACAGAAACAUUAAAAAACUACCAAACAUUAUUAUCUGCUUUAUUGUUAAUAUGCAAAAAAGAUUCAAUUGAGUACCAAAACAAUUGUUUAAUUGAAGUAUUUAAAUCAUUCAAGAAAUCUAAAAGAAUGCUUAAAGGGUUGUAUAAUGCUUUAAUUACGUUAAAUAAAUCAUCAAUAUGGAUUGUUAAUUAUAACUCUCAUUCGAGUUUACAUAGAAUAUUAAAGUGGGUUGUAUAUGGUCUCACUUUAUUAAAGAAAAAUAACUUUUCUCAAAUUGAUUUUAUCGAUCAAGAUAACAAUAAAAAAAUGAAUGAAAUAAUUAAAGAACUUCUGGACAUUUUUCAAAAAUAUCUUAAUGACUUAUGUUAUGAGAUUAAUUCCUUCACAAGUCGUUAUGAAACGUGGUGUCAUUUUACAGAAAAUCAUGUUUUUGAGAAAAACAGGAUAAUAUAUUUUUUCAAGACGUCAAUAAUUACAUUGAAUAAUACAAAUAUUACAAAGGAAAUUGAUAUUUAUCUAAUUGCGUGUCGUUCUUUCGAAAAUUUUUGUGAAUAUGUUUACAAUAGUUGUUAUGAAAAUCUGGGUUUCCGAAAAAUUAACUGUCGCAAUAAGAAAUUGGACGAAAGACUUAAACCAUUUAUAGUUGAUUAGAUAUAAGUUUGAUAUUAUAAUAGGUUUCAACUACAAAAUUAAAUAAAUUUACUCUGUAAUUUA